AUGACUUGGGACGAAAUUGAUGCUGUUGGAGUGCCUCCUUCCCCAAGGUCUGAUCAUGCUGCUGCUAUCAAUUGGGUGCUUAAGGAUGGAAUUGGGUAUCUCAGUAAGAUUUUGUUGUCUGAUUUUGGUCGACAUUUGGAUGUUAAUCCCAAAGGGUGGAGAUUGUUUGCUGAUCUUCUUGAAAAUACUGCUUUUGGCUUGGAGAUGUGUACUCCUGCUUUUCCUCAUUUGUUUGUACCUAUUGGUGCUUUUGCCGGUGCUUCUCGCUCUGCUGCUUCUUUGAUUCAGGCUUCUACCAGGAGCUGUUUCUUUGCUGGUUUUGCAGCUCAGAGGAAUUUUGCUGAGGUAAUUGCUAAAGGUGAAGUUCAAGGAAUGGCGAGCAGAUUUAUUGGUAUCGGGCUUGGUAUAGGUCUGGGUAACUGCAUAAGCUCUUCUACACCUCUUGUUCUUGCUUCUUUUUGUGUCGUGACUUGGAUCCACAUGUACUCCAAUCUAAAGUCUUACCAGUCCAUUCAAAUACGGACUUUAAAUCCUUAUCGUGCAAGUUUAGUUUUCAGUGAAUAUCUACUGAGUGGUCAGGCUCCUCCUGUUAAAGAGGUCAAUGGUGAGGAACCACUAUUUCCAGCUGUACCCAUAUUAAAUGCAUAUUUUGCAACCAAAGCACAACCAAUUGUCUUAUCAUAUGAAGCCAAGGCUGCAGCUGUAGAAAUUGAAAGCCGUCUACAGCUUGGAUCAAAACUCAGUAAAAUCAUCAAGAAUAAGGAGGAAAUGCUUGCUCUCUUUUCAAUUUAUAAAAAUGAAGGCUACCUUUUGUCCGAGCAGAUGGGAAAAUUCUGUGUGGUGCUUAAAGAAAAUUGUUCACAGCAGGAUAUGCCGAAGGCAUUGUUUCAGGUCAACUAUCUCUAUUGGCUAGAGAAGAAUGCAGGAAUUGAAGGAAGAGGAUCCCUUUAUGACUGCAAACCUGGUGGGAGGCUGCAGUUAUCUCUAGAUUAUGCAGAAAGGGAAUUCGAUCAUGCUAGAAAUGAUGGAGAGUCAGUUAGUUGGAUCACAGACGGACUAAUUACAAGGCCUCUGCCUAAUAGAAUUCGACUGGGCAACACGGAGUGAGCUACUGAUAUGGUG